GCCUUGAGCGCCUUGAGGCGCCGCGUGAGUUCCCCGUGGUCCCGGAGUCGAGUCUCGCGGUGGUCCAGGGCGCUGCACAUGGCCAGGGGCCUGUCCAUCCAAGGAUUGGCGGCCAACGUCUUCGUGCGCAGCGCCGUGGGCGGGCUGUGUGCCGAGGCAGGCGCCUGGGCUGUUGCCACGCUUCUGGCAGCCGCCCCCUCCGACUCAGUGCUCUGCAACGCCGCCAUUACUGCCUCUGGCAGGAGCCGGAGCUGGUGUCACGCACUCCUCAGCCUGGAGGCGAUGAAGACGCAGCUGAUGGAGCUGACGGCCGUCACCUUCACAGGGCUCAUCACCGCCAUGGCUGGCCAAGCCUUCUGGGAUUUGUCGGAAGCCACGGGAGCUGCGGCCACGGGGCCUGGUGAUUGGCCGAGAGGCAACGCCUUGCUCGCAGCCAUGGCAGCCAGGCGUCUGCUUUCCAAAGAAGCAGCAGCGUCGGCUGCAACGUGUUGCGCCAAGCACUGGAGGAAAGCACUGCAUAUGCUUGCGUACUUCGACCUGCAUCGCAGAGGGGAGGUCGAUGGUGUCCUCGCUGGAGCCGUGAUCAAUGCCAUGGGCAUGGCCCAUGCAUGGCCGGAAGCGACGUCCCUCCUUGGCUCCUUGCCACCGCCAGUGUCGCCUUCGAGAGAUCCCGGCCGCGGCCUUCCCGGCGCAUGCGGCGCAUGCAACGUGCUGAUCACGGCCUGUGGCCGGGCCAUGGAGGUGCCCAAGGCAUCGGCUCUUCUCACCGAAAUGCUCAAGCCGUUGCAGGCUCGGAUUGGGCCAGUGCCUUUGCGGCCCUGGAGCAGCUUCGGCAGUGUGGCCUUCUGCCAGACAGGCUGA